AUGGCGGCCAUCGGACCCUGGAACAGCCCGGGCGGCGCGGGCUCGGAGGCGCUGGCCCUGGCGGCGGAGCUGCAGGGCGAGGCGACCUGCUCCAUCUGCCUGGAGCUGUUCCGGGAGCCGGUGUCGGUCGAGUGCGGCCACAGCUUCUGCCGCGCCUGCAUCGCGCGCUGCUGGGAGCGCACGGGCGCCCGCGCCCCGGCCGGGCCGUCUCCGGGACCCCUGCCCUGCCCGCAGUGCCGCGAGCCCGCGCGCCCCGGCCAGCUGCGCCCCAACCGCCCGCUGGCCGCCAUGGCCGCGCUGCUCCGGCGCUUCGGCCCGGCCCCCGGCCCCGCCGGCAAGCGGGGCACCCCGGAGACGCCGGCCGUCCCCGUGCGCACCUGCGCGCUCCACGGGGAGCAGCUCAAGCUCUUCUGCCAGGACGACGGGCGCGCCAUCUGCGUGGUGUGCGACCGCGCCCGCGAGCACCGCGCGCACGCCGUGCUGCCCCUCGACGAGGCCGUGCAGGACGGCAAGGAGCUCUUGGAUUCCAGGCUGAAGGUCCUGAAGAAGGAGCUGGAAGAUUGUGAGGUGUUCCGGACUACGGAAGAGAAGGAAGGCAAGGAGCUCCUGAUGCAGAUGGCCACGGAGAAAGAGAAGGUGGGGGCUGAGUUCCAGGCACUGAGAGCUUUCCUGGUGGAACAGGAAGGGCGUCUCCUGGGCCGCUUGGAAGACCUGUCCCGGGAAGUGACCCAGAAGCAGAAUGAGAACCUGGCCCAGCUCAGGGCUGAGAUCACUCAGCUCUCCAAGCUCAGCAGCCAGAUCCAGGAGACAGCUCAGAAGCCUGACCUCGACUUCCUCCAGGAAUUCAAAACUACAUUAAGCAAGUGUAGCAAUGUGCCUGGUCCCAAGCCAACCACAGUCUCCUCUGAGAUGAAGAAUAAAGUUUGGAAUGUUUCUCUCAAGACUUUUGUCUUAAAAGGGCUGCUGAAGAAGUUCAAAGAUGAUCUUCAGGGAGAGCUGGAGAAAGAGGAGAAAGGCUCACCCUUGGACCCCGACACGGCGAACCCGCGCCUGCUGCUGUCCCUGGACCUGAAGAGCGUGCGUCUGGGCCCGCGGGCGCAGGAGCUGCCGGGCCACCCGCGGCGCUUCGACACCAACACGCGCGUGCUGGCGUCCAGCGGCUUCACGUCGGGGCGCCACCACUGGGAGGUGGAGGUGGGCCCCAAGGACGGCUGGGCCUUCGGCGUGGCCCGCGAGAGCGUGCGGCGCCAGGGCCUGGUGCCCUUCACGCCCGAGGAGGGCGUGUGGGCGCUGCAGCUGCACGGCGGCCAGUGCUGGGCCGUCACCAGCCCCGAGCGCACGCCCCUGCGCUGCGCGCUGGCGCGCGUGCGCGUGGCGCUGGACCUGGAGGCCGGGGCCGUGGCCUUCUACGCCGCCGAGGACCUGCGCCACCUCUACACCUUCCGGGUCAACUUCCAGGAGCGCGUCUUCCCGCUCUUCUCCGUCUGCUCCCCGGGCACCUACCUGCGGAUCUGGCCUUGA